AGCAGAUUAUUUAAUUUUUUUUAAAUUUGAGAUUGGGAGCUGGGUAAGGGGUCUCACGCGAGAUUGGCAGAGAUGGGACUGGUCAGUUAGUCCAGUGUGUUAAUAACACAAGUCUGUUAUUGUCACCCUAGCCAGAGCAGCGUGCUUCAAAGUUUUGUAACAGUGAAAGUCCGCAGCCUCACUCACUGCCCCUCCGCCAGAACGGAAUCGACUAACAACAUGGGUGCAGCUCACAGUGACAACAACUUGAGUAAAAGCGAACUGGUGGCCAAGAUAAAGGCUCGGUUGGAAAGCGUGGAUCCGGUUAAGGCGAAGGAGCUGGGUGGAGUCUUCCUUUUCAACAUCACCAAAGGAAUCUCUGUCUAUUCUUGGACUCUUGACCUCAACAAGGUGAUCGUAUACGAGGGCGAGCCGGAAGAAGACCCUGACACGACGUUCACACUCAACGAGCAUCACUUCAAGCAGCUGGUGUCCGGGCGCGAGGACCCGCGGGUCAUCAUGCAGGCUGGUCGCUGCUCUGUAACCGGAGACAUCAUGCGAGCGAUGAAACUUGAACCCUAUAUUAAGCUAGAUUAG